AUGGGCUUAGGAUUCCCCCUAGUGCUACAGUCUUGCCCAAAGCUGUACAAACAGGCAGGCGAUUCAACCCAGGACCUCAUCUAUGCCCGAUCAGGCGAUGUCGUCACCCUUCCCUGCAACCAGACGCUCCCUACCCCAUCCCCUGCCUUGCCGUUCGUUCCCUUCUUCCUCCAGUGGCGUCGCCUGGACCUCCCGUACCCGUUCUACAUCGGCUUUGCCUCCUACCCUCCUUACAUUGACCCCCAGUACGUGGACCGCGUGACGAUCGAGGAGGACCUGUCGCUGCGCAUCGAUGGCGUCAUUGCCGAGGACGAUGGCUGGUACGAGUGCCAAGUCAUCGUCCUGACCGGAAACUAUGGGGACAUCGGAAACGGGACGUUUGUGCAUCUUGUUAUAAUUGGUCCGCCUAGAUUUCUCUCCACUCCGCCAGCCUUGGUUGUCUUCCACGAGGGCAAAACUGAGGCCCUGCGGUGUGUUGCCAAGGGCACGCCCACCCCUACCGUCACCUGGCAGAAAGAUGGCCGCCCGCUCACCAGCGAUCACAUCACGACGAGGGUUGAUUCCAUCGAGUUUGCAGGGGUGAGGCGUGAGGACAGUGGGACGUACGUCUGCAGAGCCCAAAGCGAGGAGGGGGCAGUGCAACACACCGUCCGCCUUCUAGUUCAUGGAGCCCCCUUCAUCUUCAUCCCCCCACACAAUCUCACCGUCAUCAGCGGCCAGCCGGCCAUCUUUGAGUGCGAGGCCCAGGCAUCACCUGACAACGCCACCCAGCGAUGGUACGAUCACCAUGGCAACCGCGUCCGGGAGUCCAGCAGAUAUGAUUUGCUCCCGGAGGGUGGGUUGAUGGUCAGAGAGGUGGGUCCCGAGGACGAGGGAUGGUACGUCUGCAGUCCCACCAACGGGCUAGGGGUGGCUCCUGUAGCCAAGGGCUACCUGGAUGUACAAUACCCAGCAGUUGUCGUAUCCAUGCCGUCCAAUGCUUACAUAUCCAGAGGCUUAGAUGUGAGGCUGUCAUGUCCGGUGGAUGCUGACCCGCCGCUACUGAACGUGAUUUGGCGUAAAGAUGGUUCCGAGAUCAUAGUGCGCCGAUCAAACAGAUACAGCAUAUCAGAUGAGGGCAGCCUGACCAUAGCCAGAGCAGAGACGGGAGACAGCGGCUCUUACACCUGCACCCCUUAUAACAAGAUUGGAACAGCCGGGGAAUCCACAGCCACAGUACUCAUUGUCAGAGAUCCACCGCAUUUUGUAACCAUACCCAAGUCGCUAUACCAACGGUUGCUAGGUGAGGAUGUCACAAUCCCGUGCACGGCAACUGGUGAUCCCACGCCGAUAAUCUCAUGGAAAAAGAUCAACGGUAAAUUGCCACAGUUGCGGUCAAGCGUCUCCCAGAACAGCCUGAUGAUACGCGGACUGACCAAAGAGGAUCAUGGGAUAUACCAGUGCCUAGCAACCAAUCAGAUUGCAGCUGUUGUCAGCACCACACAGCUUAUUGUUGAACUGACCUCCCCGCAUGAACCCUACAAUGUCACCGUGGCGACUACUAUAAGCUCCGCCCGCGUUGCUUGGCAACCAGCCUACAAUGGUGGCUUUACUCAAACUUACACAGUGUGGUUCCUUGAGGCGGGAGUUGCCAAUGAGGAGUGGUCCAAGUUUGACCGAAUUCCAGAAAACGUCAACUUCUUUAUUGUCCAUGACUUACAACCGAGCACCGAGUACCUGUUUGCAGUGGUUGCCAGUAACCAACUUGGAGACAGUAUCUUCAGUGAAACAGUCUCAGCAAGAACAAAAGAUAUGGAUGAACUUGUGUCACCAACUGACGAAACUGGAAAAACGCUGAUCCCUAUUUAUAUUGGACUCACCCCCUCCCCUCCACAAAACCUAACCAUCACACCGUCACAAGAGGGCCUCUUUCUCGCCUGGUACCCACCGGCUCUCUGGGGCCAGUUUGUCAGUCGUUACUCCAUCGAGUACAGACUAAGCGGGCCCUGGGUGAUAUUGUACGACCGUGUGGACGUCGACCAAUCAGACAAGCUCUUAGAGAGCCUACAGCCCAACACGACGUACCAGUUUCGCAUGUUUGCCUUCACGCCGAUGCUGUAUAGCUCACCUAGCGAGGUGGUCACCGGUUUUACUGGAGAUAUCCCAGCAUACAUUCAGCCAAUUCCAACAACAGCCCGCACCCCUCAGUACGGGGAACCGGGCAUAUUAGCCGGUGUCAUAGCCGGGAUAUGCUUCCUCAUUCUGGUGCUGUUGCUGAGCAUUCUUGCCGUGUGCAUCAGCCACAGAAGAAAGAAGAAGAAGAGAUUAGCGUUCUUCAGUGUUGCAGCCCAGACCCCACAACCACUAAUACACAGACCCCAACCAACACAGUCACCAGAGACACCCACGCCAGCCACCGUUAAGCCCCCAAGCCUCGUCUCCAAGCUCAUUUUAAAGAUCUCCCCCAAGCACAAGGGUCACACAGACCCCGCCUCCGCCCCCUACUCCAACAACCGGCGCGCCCACCUCACCUCCAACGGCAAGCUGCCCAGCGCCCGCUCGGAGCCCAGCCUGAGCGAGCGCUUGCUGUCCCGCUCAGCCCGUCAUCACCGCCGCUCGUCCUCGGGAGGGGGUCACAAAGACAGGGCGGAGUCCAAUCGUCGGCGGAGGGUGGGGAGCGGAGGCGAUGCUGCAGGGUCCGGACAGCUUGCGUCGGAACAGGCGCUGGAGCUGGAGGAGUUUGAACCAUCUGCAGGGGCGGCUGGUGUGUACUCGGUGCGGGAUGGGAGGAUUCGAACCCACGGUUUGUACAAUUACGAUUCCUACCCUUACAACUCUGGCGGUGAGACUUCGGAGACAAACAGGGAUGACGAGGACAGUGACGCACCCCCUGACACACACCCUCACAUCUCCCCAGCUCUCAGACCGUUGGAUGACGACAGCUCACGGCCGGUGCGCGGGGACUACGUGUACUACCACGGCAACAUGUUUAUCACGAGCAACUCAGACGACAAUGAGGACUACGGGUGGGCUGGCGAACCCGCGGACAAUUACCAUGAUGGUGCCGAUGAUGAUGAUGAUGGUGGUGUGGUGAAUCCAGCAAUGGUUACCGAUGACAGCAGAGUACCGGCCACAAGACGGACUCCCCCCGCCCAGAACCAGUAUGUUGACAUGCCUACAAAGAACAACUGGCUCUGGGAUCGUGAGUGGGCUGAUGACACCCUCAGUCACACACACCCUGACCGACACCGUGAUACUUACUCUCAGGAUUCUGCUAACAGACAAGAGACUCUGCCACGACAGAGCACUCGGAAAAACAUCCGGCGUUUUUCCCGGGAUGAUUUUAGGAGCGGCCCGCCCGCGGAGUACCUCGGCUCGCCACCUUGGCCGGACAGCAUCAGCACAAUACAAGGGAACUCCAUGAGUGCCAGGCAUCCUGACUAUGCUGAUCUAGACUAUGGAGAGCCUCGUCGGACAAAAACUAGUCGAGGCGGAGAUGAUUAUGACUAUGGAGAGCCUUGUGGUUCAAGGCGAUCUCCUGACAGACGAACUAGUCCUCGCAGGAAAUCUCGAAGUCCAGACUAUGACAGGCUAAGAAGCAGCCCUCGUAGACAAAGCCCUCAAAGAUCUAAUUAUGAUGACUAUGGAGAGCCUAGUGUGUCAAAAAGCCCUGAUAGGCAACUCAGCCCUCGUUAUCAAGGCACCCAUAAGAUCUAUGGCACGCCCCUUGCGGCAAAGCACCCUAAAAGCCCACGUCGCCAAGAAAGCAACUAUGCUGACAGAACUAAACAGCCAAGGCCAACUGAGGGUCUGUAUGAUUAUGACACCGACACCAGAGGUCGAAGGUCAGAGAGAGGUCGCGAGUCCCCUUCUAAAGCGGACAGCAGCCCCGAAUCGGAACUUUACCGGAAACCUGUGCAGCAGGUUAUGAAACGAAGCCCAGUCAGGACAAACCAGGAGCCACAUGGGAGGGCAGACCCAAGGUCAGAACCCAGGACAGACGCCAGAGAGGGGCGCAAUGGUGCUGCAUUGGCAGAGAGCUGCGCAGACACAGACACAUUACAAGGAACAUUCCAGGAAGGAGAUCAUACAAUCACUGACCACCAUGACACCGAAAGGCAUCCUAGUGAUGGCACUGCAUCUCCAUCAGAGGGCGCCAGACAAAAGACAGUCGCGCACUCGCCGGCGGGUGGAGCUAAACCCAAGCUGCAGGAAAGGGUGUCGCCCCAAGGGGGUAGCAAACUGAAGAUCUACGACGACAUUCCCAAGACAGACUCCCCCGUCCGGUGGAAACGGAGCAGCCUCUCGCCGAGUUCCGACGGCUUGCGCUCCCCGACUCACGGCAUUAGCAGAGAUCGUAAUUACAACACUCUCCCGCUCCAGUCAACAGAGGGCGGUGUUGGCAUCUCCAUAUCCCCCGCCACGAUGAGCGCCAACAGUCGUACAAGCGUGUCGUCCCUGGACAGCCGUCCCGGCUCAACGAAGCCCACCCACCUCCCCCAGUCUUAUAUCUCCGCCCACCAGCGCAGCCUCCUGUCCCCCAACAGCCAGUACUCGGCCAGCAGCGGCUACGCCAGCCGUAACACCUCGCAGAGUACGUCCUCUAGAGGGCGCACCAGCAGUGUGCCGAGUAUCCAGGACCCCACCUUGAGUGCCACCACCGCGGACGGAGUGGACAGCCCGUUCUCCGACUCCGCCGGGCCGUUCUCCAACGUCAGUUCCAAGGAAUCGGAAGAACCCUACUUUGAAUUUGACCCCAUGCUGCACGAAACGGACCUGCUUGAUGCCUUGAAGAAGUACUAUCAACCAGUUGAGGUCCCUACUCCACAGACAGAUGAGUCGUAUGAGGAGGGGACAGGGAAGGUAGCUGACAUGGAGAAACGAUGUGAAGAGUUGAAGAAAGAGUUCCAGGAAUACCAACGACAGCAGGCCAGGGCUAGGCACAAGUCCAGGCUCACAUCAAGUGUGUAAAUGUAAACUCGUUUAAAUCAUUACCGCUUUUGGAAAGACAUCUUGAUGUAAAGUGGCCUGCUGAAGGACACAAGGUGCUGCUAGUUAAAUGUCCAUUGUGUCUUAAAUGUCUGAAAUUCAGCAUUAUCAGCGCCCAAUUUCAUGGCGCUACUAAGCACAUAAUUUUCUGCCACAAAGCUGCUAUCCAUUACAGUAAGACUGUAAGCUGCAAAGCACAUUGAAACUUUUUUAACCAUCAACGUUAGCAUGAUUUUCCGGCUAUUGGCAAAAUGCUUCUGCUUACCGUAAAGCAGCUUAGCAGACAAUUCAAAGUGUCAAAGGUCAUUCCAACUUGUGACCUUUAACCUUACUGCAAGGUGACUCCAGUCAUUUUAUAAUUGCCAUUUUUUUUACUCUUGCUCAUGAGCUGAGAUUAAUUUUCGUUCAGAUGUGAUGCCUUUCAGUUUGAUGAUUUUUUUUUCUUUAAACGACAAAAACACCCAAGCAUUAUGCUAAAAAUUUAGCAGUACAUGUAUUUAUUUUAAGCAUUUAUUUUGUACAUGGACUUUUGGUAUACAGUAAAAGUUUUCAUUCAUUGUUCGAGUCAGUACUAUUACUACUGUUUUUUCCCCCUUUUUUUAUACUGUUACUUUCAUAAUGCUCUUAAUAUUCAUAUUUUGGAUACUGUUUUAGCUAACAGUUUUAAAGUCUAGUCUGGAAAUUAAACUUUUUAUCGGAUUAUUUUACUUUUUUAAUGCAGUUUGCUUUUCAGCUGCAAGUACAUGUAGUUGCUGCCGAGUUAGACUUUAGGUCUGUCGAACCGUGAAACAGUUCAAGAUACCACUCAAGUAAAUGUAUCAUAAACCCUAACCUUCCUAAAUCCUCCAAAAUGCUCUUUGCAAAACGAAUGAUUUUGCAGGAUUGAGGCUAUAUG